AAAGCCGCCAAUCAAGGAGCGCUGCGGCGGCCGGGCCGCGCCCCGGAAGUGCCGUGCCGAGCUCCCGCCUUAAAGGGACCGCGCUGCGCUGCGCUCCAUGGCGAAGGCCGGGCACGCCUGGAGCCGAGCGGCGGCGGAGCAGGGCGAGGCGGAGGAGGGCGAGGAUCCCCUGGAUGCCAUGAUCGCACGGACCGGCUGCCUGGAGCAGCACCGGCAGCUGCAGGAGUGCAUGGCGGAGCGGCAGGACUGGCGGCACUGCCAGGCACAGCUCCGCGCCUUCGGGGCCUGCAUGGCCCGGCGGCAGCAGCGGCAGGACGGGCCCGGCCCGGCCCGGCCCACGGACUGACAGCGCCCGGACAGAACCGCAGCAAUGGGGCUGCGCCCUUCUCCCCCUUUUUGGCUUUAUUUUUAUCCAACCGCUCGGGAAUCCAGGUGGAAUUGUUGGGAAAUUAAACCUGGAAUUUGUCAUC